GCUCCGCCCGUCAUUCGCGCCGUGGGCGUCGCUCUGCCUACACGUAUCGCUCACUGUUGUCCAGUCGCUCCGUGUCGCGCGCGAACCAUAACGUCUCCCGUGAGACAGCGUGCGUUGUGACUGUCCACAUAUAAUCUCAGUGGUGUAAAAAUAAAGCCGGCGACAGACGGCGGCUUCCCAAGUUAUAUUUAAAUGAUAGCGCGGACGCGGGGCCGGGCUCGCCUCGAACACUCUCCGACGGCAUGAGACGAAGCCGGGGCCUAGUGUGCGAGUGCCUGGGUGCCAGCGCGUGCCCUGACGGCGCGGCCAACGGCACCUGCGUCACGCAGCCCGGCAGCUACUGCUUCGUCUCCGUCGAGGAGGUGCUCGACGACAAUGGGCUCGUCGUGCUCGACCGCACCGCCGGCUGCAUGCCGCCCGACGAGUCGGGGCUCAUGCAAUGCAAAAGCUCCCAAGUGCCUCACCAGCACCCUAAGGUGAUAGAAUGCUGCAACGAGAGCGACCUGUGCAACCGGCGGCUGCAGCCCCAGCUGGCCGAGCCGCCGCCCGACGUGACGGAGACGCCGGGGCUGCACGGCGGCGGCGGCGGCGCGGCGGCGCUGCUGGUGGCCGCGGCGCUGUGCGUGGCGCUGCUGGCGGCGCUGGCCGGCUUCCUGCUGCUGUGCCGCCGCCGCCGCCGCGCGCACAAGCGCCCGCCCUCGCCGCCCGCGCCGCUGCCGCCCGACGUGUCCUCGGGCUCCGGCUCCGGCCUGCCACUGCUGGUGCAGCGCACCGUGGCCAAGCAGAUCCAGAUGGUCGAGUCUAUCGGCAAGGGUCGCUACGGCGAGGUCUGGCUCGCGCGCUGGCGCGGCGAGCGUGUUGCUGUCAAGGUUUUCUUCACUACCGAAGAGGCAUCGUGGUUCCGUGAAACUGAAAUCUAUCAAACUGUACUUAUGCGACACGAAAACAUCUUGGGUUUCAUCGCUGCCGACAUCAAGGGAACCGGGUCCUGGACUCAGAUGCUCUUAAUUACGGAUUACCAUGAGAACGGCUCGCUCCAUGACUACCUACAGACCGUGGUUCUCGACAAUCACAGUUUGAUGACCAUGGCUUACUCCAUAGUUAGCGGGUUAGCACACUUACACAUGGAUAUUUUCGGAACGAAGGGCAAGCCGGCGAUCGCGCAUCGAGACAUAAAGAGUAAGAACAUACUAGUGAAGCGGAACGGGCAGUGCGCCAUCGCGGACUUCGGGCUGGCGGUGCGGUACGUGGCGGAGCGGAACGAGGUGGACAUCGCGCCCAACACGCGCGUGGGCACGCGCCGGUACAUGGCGCCAGAGGUGCUGGACGAGAAGCUGGACGUGAGCAACUUCGAGGCCUUCAAGAUGGCCGACAUGUACUCGCUGGGGCUGGUGCUGUGGGAGAUGUGUCGGCGCUGCGCCACGGGCGACAAGGCGCAGGACGUGGAGCCGUACGCGCUGCCGUACGCGGGGCUGGUGCCGCCCGACCCCAGCUUCGAGCACAUGCACGCGCUGGUGGUGCGCGGCGGCGCGCGGCCGGCGCUGGCGGCGCGCUGGCGGGCCGCCGCCGCGCCCGCCGCGCUGGCCGCGCUGCUGCCCGAGUGCUGGCACGCCGACCCGCGCGUGCGGCUCACGGCGCUGCGCGUCAAGAAGACGCUGGCGCGCUACCACGCCGACACCGCCGUCAAGAUGCUCUGAGCCCGGGCCCUUCCUGUUCUGCACUAUUUAUUACGACUCCGCGGAGUGACACGCUGCGAAGCCCCAUCGAUGUGAAAAUUCAGUUCGACCACCGUUCUUGUUUAAAUCUCAGUAUUGUUAAGUUUAUUCGGAUAGCGGGCCGCCCCUCGGUUAUGACUGACUUAUGAACGUUCCCGAUGGAAUCUCUCGUCGACUGUACGAUUUUGAUUUUAGUUUUGUUCUAAAGUAAUGUUUUAUUUUAUUACUGUUACUUAGAUGUAAUGUUGAAGUGAUUCUAUAAAGAAACAUUUGUUGUCUUCCGUUUGUAUAAGCAAUGGUAGUGUUCGCGUGGAGGCAGCUGCGGUAUGGGAGUGUACAUAUGAAACAAUACUCUGUUUACGUUUCUCCUGUAUAUUAGGUCACUAUUGUGAAGUGCCCUGCCGACGUGCGACAUGUAUUGUGAUAUUUUGACAAUAAGACGCCUUUAUAUUCGUACAAAACAAGUGUUGCUUUCAAAAUUAUUCACGUAGCCGUGGAACAUGCAUUUUGUAUUCAUAUUUGUGUCGGUACAGGUAGCUAAUGUGGAUUGUACUUAAACAAUGAUAAAAAGACUAAUAGUAGUGUGAGUAUUAAAUAUAUGUAAGAGUUUCUGGUUUGACGCGGUGUUCUGUAAGGGCAUGGUUCGCAACAGACCCGCCGACGUUGGACCAUGUCUCGAGUGCCUGCGACUUACGAGUCACUAGCGGACCUUGUGUACUAUAAGUACACCUCUGCCUUGAUGAGAAGGCGUACUGUUAUACACUCGUGUUGUGUAGCGACGUCCUUGGUCUGAAGUGCCUUACCUUACUGUACGAGUGUACCUUGUGACGACGAUAUAACUAUUGAAUCAGUUCCACUUGUGUAUUACACUUACUUUGAAUUGCUCAUGAAGUAUUUAUACCCAAUAUGUAUAGAAUGUAAUAUUGAAAAUGUUACAUUACUGAAUACUUGUAGUAUAUUGCCGCGAAUAGACAUGUCGAAGUUGUAGUUUCUUGUUCACAAUGUUAAAGUGGUCUUACAGGUCUGUUUGUACGUGGUAUGCUCAGUCCAGCUCACUUGAACAAAUUCAUGAUUGGAUAACAGUAAUGGUCCUCGUGAUGCCUAUUCGCCGCACAUGUAACGGCAGCUGUAAUAUAAUGGAUUUGAAAAUGUUUGUAGAUGUAGACCAAGUGACCGCCUAGCAUUUACUCGUGCACACGCACCCUGUACAGUGUUUGUAAAUAUAGCCGGUAGCUGACAUUGCAUAGGUCUUUAUAAUACGUGUUAAGUUACAAAUAAAACAUUAAUGGACAUAGA